AUGGCGACAAGGACCAACGGUGUUCCGUUCCGCGAGAAGAGUCUUCCGUUCAAGACAAAGUGUAGCAGAGAGAAGCGAAACCUUGAGGCGGUGCAACAAGCCAUUUUAGUUGGAUUGGUUUCUAAAAUGUUUUCCAUCCUCAUUGAGCGACCGCCUAAACAAUCAAAAGUCACUGAACAGAUACCAAAGAUCAUAAGCAUAAUGGGUGAGUCGAGUGUGUUAGAAUUUGACUCGUUUGUCAAAGACAGAUUUAAAACGGAAUUGGACGCGACUUACUCGUCUGAAGCAGAGAGAAUUAAAACACUCCGAUUGUUUAACAGAAACGUGUUUGUCUUCACUAACAAUUUCCUCCUUGAUUUGUGUACUGAAAUUGGAUACGUCUUCAACACUCGACUGAGCAAAAUAUCGAAAAAUACACAACGAAUCGAAUACAUUGAAUCAGUGUGUUAUAAAGGAAAAGUCAUUCUAACAAAGAACAAUUUACUCGAAAAGGGAAAAAGGGUGUGUAAAUACUUUUCUUCUAUUGUUAUUGAUAAAAAGCAGACAACGGUCGAAGCUGGUGAUGUCGAAAUCGCAAAAAUAUUUGAAACAUCAAACGAGUGA